AUGGCCUCAAAUAUGGUGCAAAUCCAAGUUCCUCAAUUGAAAAAGGAAAAUUAUGAGAAAUGGUGCUUCCAAUUCAAAGCAUUGUUUGGAUCACAAGACCUCUGCGAGUUUGUCAGUACCGGGUUCGCUGAGCCCACUCCAGAGCAAGAAGCCACCUAUACUGCAGAUCAAAAAGUCACUCUCAAAGACCAAAGAAAGAAGGACAAGAAGGCGUUGUAUCUUCUUUAUCAAGGAUUUAAUGAUUCAACGUUUGAGAAGGCUGCUGAAGCGGCAAUGAGCAAAGCAGCAUGGGACACCUUGAAUACAAUUUUCAAAGACUUAGAGACCAUAAGUGCAGAGGAGCUGCUGGGAUCUCUCCGAGUUCAUGAACAAUGCAUUUUGAAGAAUGCAAGUGCCACAUCUCUUGAGCAAGCUUUGGAGUCAAAAUUAAAUUGUGACAAACCAAAGGGAGGACGUGGACAAUGGAAUCUAAGACGUAGUGGCGCCAACUACCAUGGUCGAGGUCGAGGUCGAGGACGCGGUAAUACAAAUGGUCGUGGUCCAUCUCAAGAAAGGAGAUAUUUUCCUGACCAGAGAAAGCAGAAUGUCCAGUGUUACAACUGUGGAAAAUGCGAACAUUAUGCCUCAGAAUGUUCGUACAAGAAUGAUGGUCAUGUCAACCUUGAUGAAGCAUCAAGUAGUGAGAAUAAGAAUUCUACUCUCUUAUUGGCACACAAUGAUUCCAGUGGUCAACAUGAUGUUUGGUACCUUGACUCUAGUGCAAGCAAUCAUAUGUGUGGAAGAAAAGAAACUCUUGUUAAACUCAAAGAAGGAGUUUGCGGAAACAUGAGCCUUGGAGAUUCCUCAAAACUUGUAGUUGAAGGAAGAGGAAAAGUCCGGAUCUUCCAGAAAAAUGGCAAGGAAGAAUUCAUCUCUGAUGUUUACUAUGUCCCAAGUAUGAAGGGCAAUAUCCUAAGUAUUGGCCAGAUUCUCUAG